AUGUCCCAUUCAGGUGGUUCGCUCUUUGUUUUUGACCGCAACGUGAUACAACACUUCAGACAAGAUGGCUAUAGCUGGAUGAAGGAGGCUAAUGAAAAGCUCAAGGUUGGAAGAAUUGAUGCAUUAAAGUGCUACUAUGCCCAUGGAGAAGAGGAUCAAAAUUUUCAAAGGCGCAGCUAUUGGAUGCUUAAAGAGUUGUCUCACCUAGUUUUUGUUCACUACCUGGUUGUAAAGGAAAACAGAACAAAUUUCAAAUGUUAUAGGGAGUCUGAAGUUAUUCCUGAUUCCCAAAAACCAAGAGAAAAUAUACACAACUCCCAGGUUGAAAGUUCUGUAUUUUCAGAAAUCCAACCAAAUAGCUAUGAAGGAACCUUGCAAGUUACGGAUCCUGCUAGCCUCGACAGUGCUCAUGCUUCUGAGUUUGAAAAUGCUGAAUUAGUGUAUUGUCACCAACAAAGUCCAGGAUGCCAGUCUUUUGACAAUGUAAUGCAACCUGUGGUACAGAAGAUGAGAGAUGGUUCAAUUCCUUACUGUGAUGUCCCUAUAUCAGAUUUGAAGAUGUCUUUUAACCCGGCUGCUCUUCUUGCAAGCAUUAAGCAGAAGGCGAAGCGCAAGGAUGAGGUCGAUCCUGGUGAGGGGGUGAGGUCUCUGGAGCUCAUUAUGUUGAAGGCCCUGAGCAUGGUCCGAGCUAGCUCGGUCAUUCCUAAGGACGAAGCUCCCCGAUGA